ACUGCGCUGAGUGCAGGGUCUCCGUGGCUAGUGCUGUCCUGUGGAGGGCCGCUCACUACUGGAUGGAACAUUAAACUUUCCUCGUCCUUCUCAGCGGGCAAAGCACAAGAUGUUAACGCAGAUGAGCCCAACUCUCAAAGACCAGCAUUUAGCACAACUUAGCAAGAUGGGCCAAACCCCAGAAGAACUUUAAACCAUCUGCUGGAUCAGAAACUCCAAAGACAAAUGAACAAAGUGAAAUGGAAAAACUGCAGCUCUGCUUGGACGACGAGGAUGACUUGCCUAUGCGUAAUGAGACAAGAUCCACAGACCGCCACGAGGACAGCGCUCCACAACCGGACAUAAUCUUUGAGUUUGCCGCAUCAGCUCGCAGUGACCUUAACCGGGAGAAGUGGGAUGAUCAUGGCUGUAACGAGAAGGCAGCUACAUGUGAUGGUUUUGUUUCGCUUUCCAAUACUGAGUUGCCCUGCAGAGGCAAAGACAAUGUCAGUGUUGACAAUUUGGGGAGGAGGGUAGAAUCUUCUUUUCAGAAACCUACCAAGUUAAACACCCAAGACGCGGCAAAAGCAAAGAGCAGUUCGGCACAGGAUUUGUUUUGGGAGAGCAUGCUCCGGGCUCAGUUGUGCGUUUUAGAUCUCCAAGAUGAACUUGAGAAAAAAGAGAAGCACAUAAACUUCCCCGGGAUAUCUCCUUCUGAAAUCAGAAGCCCUCUGCCAUGCCUAGACUCUCCCUCUACAGGUCUGCAAGAUGACGGGGCAGAGGAGGAACCCUUUGAAAACUACGAGACGUUCUGCUGUGAAGAAGAGGUAGAAGAUGAGAGCUUGUUUUGCGACAAUCCUAUAUUUAGUCAUGCUCCCUCCCCCAGUACCCAACCAUGCUAUCGACAUUUUGGAUAG